AUGACCACUAGAUACCGCGUUGAAUACGCCCUCAAGUCUCACCGCCGAGACCAACUGAUCGAAUGGAUCAAGGGCCUCCUGGCCGUCCCGUUCGUUCUGCACUCGCAGCCCACGGCCAUCUCCCACGAGCAGAGCGAGACUCUCUCCGCGGUGGCGGCCGACACGCACCAGCGCUACGCGGAGAUCUUCCGCGACGUUGAGAACCUCAUCCGCGACCACAGUACCUUACUGCCCAGUCGCUCCUCUCCGCAAAAACACCCAGCUAACCCCCUCCAACCAGUCAAACACUACCUCGACCAUGCCCCCGGCAAAUCCAAGCUGAAACUCCUCGUGCCCACCGUGGGCCUCUUCUUCACCCCGCUGCCGCUGGUGGACGCCUUCAAAUGGCAAGACCGCCAGCGCUUCAUCAGCCGCCGCCGCUUCGUCGCUCCCUCCUUCAACGACAUCCGCCUCAUCCUCAACUCCGCCCAGCUGCUCGGUCUCCAGCGCAACUCCGGCCUCGACCUGAUCACCUUCGAUGGCGACGUCACCCUCUACGACGACGGCGCCUGUCUCACCCCCGACAGCCCCGUCAUUCCCCGCAUCCUCCGCCUCCUCGCCCAGGGCCGCAAGGUCGGCAUCGUCACCGCCGCCGGCUACACCGACCCCCAGAAGUACUAUGAGCGCCUGCAUGGUCUCCUCGACGCCAUGCACACUUCCCCCGACCUGACUCCCGCCCUCCGCAACGGCCUCGUCGUCAUGGGCGGCGAGAGUAACUUCCUCUUCCGCUACGACCCCGCCGCCCCCCAUCGUCUCGCCUACGUGCCCCGCAACGAAUGGCUGCUCCCCGAGAUGGUCGCCUGGAACGACGCUGACAUCACCGAACUCCUCGACAUCGCUGAGUCGUCCCUGCGCGCCUGCGCGUCUAACCUCAACCUCCCCGUCGCGGUCCUCCGCAAGGACCGCGCCGUCGGCGUCUACCCGCUCGACCGGAGUAAGAUCUCCCGCGAGCAGCUGGAAGAGACCGUGCUCGUCGUGCAGAAUACCGUCGAGGGAUCGGCGGUGGGGUCCCGCUUGCCGUUCUGCGCGUUCAACGGGGGCAAUGACGUCUUUGUCGAUAUUGGCGACAAAUCGUGGGGUGUAAGGGCCUGCCAGCAGUAUUUUGGGGGUAUUGAGCGCACGCGGACGCUCCAUGUAGGGGACCAGUUCUUGUCCGCUGGAGCUAAUGAUUUCAAGGCUCGGUUGGCGUCGACCACGGCCUGGAUUGCCAGUCCGGCUGAGACAGUGCAGCUUCUGGAUGAGUUGGAGCAGAUCGAGGGUCUGUGA